UUAGAUGCUGAGCAAUAAUGCUUGUGUUUUCAUUGGUGUUGUUAGGGAAGCUGGGAGCACCUGAAACAUGGCGGCCUACACAGGGCAUUUCCAGUGUUGAGUUGCGUCGUUCUACUUGUGUGGAUUGCGUUUUUGGGGUCAAUACUAGAUGAACGGACCAGAAGUGUAGGCCUACAAUGGAAAAUAUACGCAAAAUCAAAUCGGAUCCUGUAAGAAGAGUCAGACGACGAUCUAUCUCUCUUGUGGAAGUGAAAGAUGCGGUUCCCGAGGUUGCCAAUGCCCCGUCUCCUGAAACCCCCAUACCCCCGGGUAAAGGUAAAGAUGGAGAACAGAACUUUGAUGGCACCGUUGAGGCGAAUCUUGAAGAGGUCUUUUCUCUUGGGUACAUCCCUCUUGACAGUUUUGCCAAGAAGAUAGAGGAAACCAAAAAGCUGUCGAAGAAGAAAAAAAUUCCUCUGACAAAUAUAGACUUUGGACAUGACGGCUACAUCACAGAUGCCUUGAUCAGGACUUUUGCUAAGUGUAUGCCAGAUGGUUCCCUAGAUCAUGUCACUCGUGUGUCACUGGAGGGCUGUAGUAUUGUCACUGACAUCGGUCUGCACUGGCUGGUCCAAGCUUUGGAACGGUCAUCGUUGAAACGUUCUGUCGAGGUCAACAUCAACGGAUGCUCCAAGGUCACUGACGGAGGCCUCUGCAUCCUAGCGGGCUGCAAAAAGAUCAACACCAUCCAGGCAAUGGCUACCUGCGUGUCGCACGUGAGGGAGCUGGCCAACACACGAGGCUGUCCACUGCUGUACAACCCAAACAAGAUCGCACUACAGACACACAAACAGUCGUACUUGAUGAUCGUCCCCCUGGGCACACAGAAGAGCCUGUCCAAGUUCCUUGUGUCAAGGUCGAACGAGACGCGACAACCAUUCCAGUACACUAAAGGCCUGCAAGCCAAAGACUGGACCAUCAACCUCACAGAAGCAGAACGCAGUCAUAUCCUGUUUGAGCACCUGCUGCCCCAUAACCCGGUCCACAUCAUCGUCACUUUCGACGGCAGUCAGAAGACAGAGGAUGUGAAGACACAACUGGUGGACACAGUGGCGCACGUGCUCAGCAAGGAGCGACCUAAUCCCAAGCACAUCCAGUCUUCGAGAGUCAUGAGGGGCUCAGACGUGGAUGGUUUCAUGGACAAUUCAAAUUACAGCAAAUGUUCUCUCUCCGUCGGUGGUGUACUCAGGAAUACGUCCAACUCUCAGAAUGUUAUCGGAGCCGCAGUCUCUCAGCAACCCUUGAGCCGCACCAACAACUACUACGAGAUCCAGUGUAUGGACGCAGCCGCUGAGACGGGUCUCAUUCUCGGCAUCAUGCAUGAUGUUCUCUACUCGGAACGAUUUCCUUUGGACUCCAAAGAGCGUAACGGAGGAGCGGUGGAAGGCUUUGAGAUAGCCGAUGGUGUGACCUACGGCUUUGGCGUGGAGGGCCAGUGGGACUCAGAAUAUGUCCCGGGGAAGGAUUCUGCCUACUACUUCACCAAGAAUGGUCGCAAGAUUGAAGGGAAGACAACCAAGGAGAAACCUCAGAGCGGCAUGUACCCUAUAGUAGCUGUGUUGGGGAAGAACUAUGCCUCUCUCAAGCUGCUGAAUGCAGCCCAAGCACCGGAGAGCCAGCUGGUGCAGUGGGAGAAGAAUAAACAGGUGUGGAGUCCGGGCACCCUUCACAACCUUCUGUGUGACGAUCAGGGAGUUCUCACGUGAGUCUAUAGUAAAAAUAAUAAGAGAUUGCAUUUAUACAGCGCACUAUUACAAAGUAUCUUAUAGUGAACGUUUUGUUGCUAUGGUAUUGAGAGUUCUAAAUUGAGUCAAUAGUAGAAAUGAUAAUAGUAUCUUAUAGUGAACAUUUUGUUGCUAUUGUAUUAGUUCUCACGUGAGUCAAUUAUAAAAAUAAUAAGAGAUUGCAUUUAUUCAGCACACCAUUACGAAGCAUCUUAUAGUGAACAUUUUGUUGCUAUUGUAUUAGUUCUCACGUGAGUCAAUUAUAAAAAUAAUAAGAUAUUGCAUUUAUUCAGCACACCAUUACGAAGCAUCUUAUAGUGAACAUUUUGUUGCUAUUGUAUUAGUUCUCACGUGAGUCAAUUAUAAAAAUAAUAAGAGAUUGCAUUUAUUCAGCACACCAUUACGAAGCAUCUUAUAGUGAACAUUUUGUUGCUAUUGUAUUAG